UGUGUAUUGCUAGAAAGGUUUUUUUUUUCCUGGGAGAGUGCAUGUGAUCAGCACAGGGCCAAUCAGCACUGUCCAGACAGAGAUCAGGAGUUCUGCAUCCUCUACAGCAGAAUGAAAACUCCUCCUACAAGCUUUAAGAUGUACUCUGCUGGACACUGAUAGAAGUUCAAGACUGCUCUAACUGCUGAUAGGAAAAGGUAUUUAGCAGUUUAUAUUUACUAAAAUAAUUGCAUUUCCAUUUUCUGUGUACUGUGGGCAACCAGAUACAGCGGGGAUCGAAAGUUUGGGCACCCCAGCUAAA